GCGAGAGCCAUUAAAGCUGGUAGUGGGAAGAGCUCGCAAAAGUUAAUAGACAGUUGGCAUGGAAUUUGGAUUUAAAAAUUUGAACUCCUGAUUAAACUAUGGAAGUUUCAGGUUCUAUGAUGCUUCCCUAGCAAUAGAGGGUGUGAAGAAAGAAAGAUGUUUCGGCAGCAGACUGUAUCACCAGUUCUACCAUGGAUGCUGAGACUAUUCCUCUCUUUUGUCACCUUCUUUUAUAGUGCUUCGGUUCGUCUAAACGGAACUGUCAACAGAAGCUUAGUGAACACAUUUGAGUACUUCCUCAAGCGCCCACAAAACCCGGAACCCGUCCAUGGUGUAAAAACCUUAGACAUCUUGAUCGACUCAACGAGAGAACUCUGGUUUCGUCUUUUCAUUCCAACUGAAUUACCAUCAGCGGAUGGCGGAACCAACAAACUUCCUGUGAUACUCUUUUUCCAUGGUGGUGCAUUGACAUUCCUGUCUCCCGAUUUAAUAAUAUACGAUGCAGUCUGUAGACGCUUCGCUCAUAAAGUUCCCGCUAUUGUUGUCUCUGUCAACUACAGGCUCACCCCAGAACACCGUUUCCCGUCUCAGUAUGAUGAUGGAUUCGACACUUUGAAAUUCCUCGACGAGAAUAACUGUAGUGGAUUACCGUCUAAUGCUGAUUUGUCAUGUUGUUUUCUUGCUGGAGACAGUGCAGGAGGUAACAUAGCGCAUCAUGUUGCCGUCCGGUGGGCUUCUAAAGUCGAUGAGUUUCAACAAGUUAAAGUGAUUGGGUUAGUUGCGAUUCAACCUUUUUUUGGUGGAGAAGAGAGGACAAAAUCAGAGAUACGACUCCAUGGAGCUCCAGUAAUACCUUCUGUCAAGCACUGCGACAGGCAUUGGAAAAUGUUUGUACCAGAAGGGUCUGACCGUGAUCACGAAGCUGUAAACGUUUUCGGUCCGAAUUCUAAAACUGAUAUAUCCAGACUAAAAGAAUUUCCUUCCACAUUGGUGUUCAUCGGUGGAUUUGAUCCAUUACAAGAUUGGCAAAGACGGUAUUAUGAGGGUUUGAUGAGUUCUGGGAAACAAGCUUAUUUGGUCGAGUACCAUAACGUGAUUCAUGCUUUCUACGUAAUUCCUGAUUUCCCAGAAUCUUAUCUUUUGAUUAGUGAGGUAAAACGUUUUAUUUGGAAUCAAAUCAGCUCAAAUAAUACGUCUCAAAUCUAUGUUAAAGAAACACAGAAGAAUUACUAGUCAAGUGCCACUUUGUCAUGGAAUUUAUAGAAUAAAUUUUGGUUUUUCUACUCAUUUCCAAGAUUGAUUUUGCUCGUCAUAUGCAGUUUUUUCCCGCAUAUGGCUCGUAAUUUCAACUUUGUCAUGGAGUUGGCGCGAAGCUGAAGGUGUUUCCUUUGUCAACCAGUUCAUCUUGAGGGAGAUGUUAGCUAGUGUUACACCUGCUUUACACUAUCUGCUGUUUUCUGUCUCAGUGGAUUGCCAUUAGUUUAAGUCUUCCGUAUUACAUAUGAUAUUGUUGUCUGUUGUGUUGGUGUAAGAAAGAUUUGUUCAAUUCAUUUGGUUUUUCACCAUUGUUGUCACUUU